AAACCCUGCUGUGCCUAACACCAUCGACGAGCUGGCUGAAAUUUUUGUACAAAUAAUGAAAAACAAAAAUCACACGCAGUCAGAAGCCGAAUGGCGUCACAAGCUCCGGGUACUAUUUUAUCUAGCACUAUGUUGACGCACGCCUUGUUUGUCUCAUCGCAUACUAGAAGUUCGGCAAAGAAGACAAGAGCCCAGCAACAGCUGGUCCCUCAAACAAUCCAUACUUUUGCUGCGGCCGCGCAAUUUCUGCAUAAUUCUCUUUCCAACGGCAUCGAGAGACGAAGGUCACUGAUUCUUAGCUGGUUUUAUUUUCCACAGAAAAAACAAUUUCUGGAUCAUCUGCAACAUACAGGUCGUCCGUCUACCCGAGUAUCCGGGCAUCCUUUUUGCCGCUGAAGACAGCCAACUCUUCUGGGCCAUGCAGCGGGCGUUCGUGCGCAUGCAGCAAGAGAGUGGGAAACAAAACAUUUCCGCAUCGCCGGUCUAUAACUCCGGUGCGGCACGCACUGAGGAGUACUGGCACAAGUUGUUUCAAGACUAUGUUGAGGUGUUGGAUUUUGUGGACUUGAAGCACCGCCAGCAGCGGGGCUUUUUCAAGGCACUGCACACAGCAUUUCUGUCGAAGUAUGAUAAUGCUGCGCCAGAAUCCACUAAUUUUGAGCUGGCCGGAGGUUUUGAGUACGCCUUUCAGGCUUUUCGGAAAAGGAACACAGCCACAACUUCGCCUAACGACGGAAAUAGAGACGCCGUUCUUGCGGAAAUCAAGGAGCGCCACAAAUCUGAUGCGUCCUGGGCUUUAUCAGCUAUGAACCGGGGCGGGCGAGCCAUGUAA